GUGACCCGAGAGUGAGCAUAGCUGUUUCCCGCCGGCGGGAGCUGCGGCUGGGGCGGGUUGAGCGAAGGGCUCGAAGCUGCACCACCAUGGCGGAACAGCUGUAUCUAGAAAACAUAGACGAGUUCGUCACGGACCAAAAUAAGAUCGUGACUUACAAGUGGCUGAGCUACACACUAGGAGUCCAUGUCAACCAGGCAAAACAGAUGCUCUAUGAAUAUGUUGAAAGGAAACGGAAGGAAAAUUCGGGAGCUCAGCUGCAUGUUACCUACUUGGUGUCUGGCAGUCUUAUGCAGAACGGACAUUCUUGCCACAAGGUUGCAGUAGUGAGAGAAGAUAAACUGGAAGCAGUGAAGUCCAAGUUAGCUGUGACUGCCAGCAUCCAUGUGUACAGCAUCCAGAAAGCUAUGCUAAAGGACAGUGGGCCUCUGUUCAAUACCGACUAUGACAUCCUUAAAAGCAAUUUGCAGAACUGCAGCAAGUUUAGUGCCAUACAGUGUGCAGCUGCGGUCCCCAGAGCUCCUGCAGAAUCCGCAUCUUCCAGAAAGUGUGAGCAAUCAAAUGUUCAAGCAGCUUGUGAGACACAAGCCACAGAGCUGACUACCAAUGGCCAUGGCCCACCUGCCUCCAAACAGGCUUCCCAGCAGCCCAAAGGAAUUAUGGGAAUGUUAAUCUCCAAAGCUGCUGCUAAAACUCAAGACACCAACAAGGAAACCAAAACAGAGGCCCGAGAAGUAACAAGUGCAUCUUCUGCUGGAGGCAAAGCACCAGGAAAAGGGAAUGUGAUGAGCAACUUCUUCGGAAAAGCCGCCAUGAGUAAACUUAAAGUAAAUUUGGAUUCAGAACAAGCAGUAAAGGAAGAAAAAACAGUGGAGCAACCUCCAGUGUCUGUCACUGAACCAAAGCUGGCAGCUCCCCCAGCUCUGAAGAAAUCCAGCAGAAAGUCAGAGCCUGUGAAGAUGCAGCAGAAAGAAAAAAGCAGCAGGGGCAAGCGUGCAGCAGAUGGAUCUGAUGAGGAAGCAAAGGAAACGGAAACCCUGAAGAAAAGGAGAAGAAGAAUCAAGCUUCCUCAGUCCGAGAGCAGCGAAGACGAAGUCUUUGCAGACUCUCCUGAGAUGUAUGAAGCAGACUCACCAGCUCCACCUCCUGCAGCUCCACCUCCUGCAGCUCCACCUCCUGAUCCUGUGCCAAAACCUGAAUCCCCUCUUGUCAAGCGUUCAAGUGGAGAAAGCAAAAGAAAACGAAAGCGUGUACUGAAAUCUAAAACCUUUGUGGAUGAAGAAGGCUGCAUAGUGACUGAGAAAGUCUACGAGAGUGAGUCCUGCACAGACAGUGAGGAGGAGCUUAAGGUGAAGCCGGCCUCAGCACACAGACCUCCUCCUGCCGCUGUGAAAAGGGAGCCCAGAGAAGACCGGAAGGGCCCCAAAAAAGGGGCUGCUGCUCUCGGCAAAGCCAACAGACAAGUGUCCAUUACUGGCUUCUUCCAGAAAAAGUAAAUGCUGUCUCUGGAAGGACUUGGUGGAGAAGACCAAGAAGUAUAGACUGUCACUUACUGUGUAAGUUUGCCUAGCUCCUGCCUCUCCUGGACCAAACGCUGCUCUGCCGCCGCGGGAUGCGUGCACCACUCCUGUUUUAUUCAACCAAAAGGAAGUCACCUGGAAGCAGGAGGAAAAGAAUAUUUUAAAGGCUGUUACAUUGUAAUAAGCUUCUAAAGCACAAUCUUUGACCUGCCUAGGAGAAUUCAUUCAAGAAUUGUCGCUGGGCCCUACUCGCCCUGUGCCGUGAUCCUCUCCUGGUCCUCUGUACUCUGUGAACUUGUGACAAGGUUUUUAUUUUAUGAAUUCUACUGGAUGUGUUCACCACUUCUCCACUUUCCCCUCCCUACACCAUACUUCUGUCCCCUGACCCCACAAAUCUGUUUUCUGUAAAUCUUUUUAAUUCAUGGUCAGAUGAGAAGCUAAAGCUAAAAUCUUCUGUAAUUCCCUAUCUCCAUCGAUGUUGUGAGUGACAUUCGGCCCCAGGCUAGGCCAGUGUGUAUUGCCCAGUCCCUUCCUCAGGCUCACUGCUUGGGGCAGAGCAGAGAUGUGCUGAUGUACCCAACCCCCCUAGAAAUGACCUAGAGCCACAUGGUAGGCACUGGCAGAGCUGUCAUGUUGUCAGCACAGGGUAUACUUAUGUGUGGUUUCUCUCUUCCAAAUUUCCCAUACCUAGUGAGUGGGACCUAUAUAGCGAGAUGAGAGAGGAUUAAAGUAAGAGUGCUUUCUAUGUACCAGAUACUUUCUCCCUCUUGAGGAGAUACAGAGUCCAGAAAUGUCAGUUUCCCAUCCUGGGAAGGAAGGGAGAACUUAGCACACAUUUCUACCCAGAUGGUGCUCCUCUGUUUUGUCAAGUUCCUCAUUCGCCCAGCAGCAGUACAGGCUCCCCAGGAGGAGUGGGACUGAUUGGCUGUAUGUACUUUCAUCAGUUCUGAUAAUAACUUUGUCACCUUCCGUUCUGGCUGGGCAGGAGGUGAGCCUGUUCAGGUUGUGUGGCAAUGACUUUGCAUACUGAGCCAUAGGGAAGAGAACAGACUUUACUGCUGGUAUGGUUCACCCAGGGGAGAUGAGAGGUGUCUGCACCCCCAGAUCCCCUCCACCGAGGGCUAGCUUGUGUCAUACAAUGUAAUCAGUUGCCUGCUGUUGAAGGUGGGGUUGGAGCGGCCUUGAGAUUUACACAGCUGCUUCAGCAGCCAGGUGUGGGCUUGGGAGAUGAGACGUAAGCGGAGCUUGAGGGUGGAUGCUUUGUCCAUCAAGCCGAGGAAAGGUCGGUGCACUCCAAAACCUUUUCUUAAAAAGUGGCCAAGAGUGGAAUGCCUGGCCUUGAGCUUACAGGAACCCUCUGGAGAAGAAUCCCCUAUUUUAAGUGGUUAUUUUUGUCAUCGCCUCUAGUCAUUUUUUAAAUGGGAAUGGAAAAGUACAAGGCAGCCAUCCAGUCUUUAAAAAAAUCUGAUUAUGGUGGGAUUUCUAAUAAAACCAAAUUUGAAUUGGA